AUGGCGCAGCCAAACAUGUCUUCUGCGGAACCGCCGCCUUCAUCGGGUCAUCAGUCCACCAGCUUUCUUCGUAAACUCUUCGGACGAAACAAUGCGGCCCCGGCAUCCGUCGGCCCGCUCCAAACCAAGGAGCCCGAGCCCGAACCCGAGCUUGACCCCGACUCCGAUGACCAGCAAAGUACUGGUCUGGUGCGUCGAGUCUCGAGAAAAGUCGUGCCCGGACUUCCUCGCGUGCAGACCUUCAAACGCCAACAGUCGGAGCGCAGGAACAACCUCGCACCAGUUGAACCCUCUCCGGCAGAGAGGCGUGCUCUAUCAGUGGACAGGCGCGUGCAAUCGUCACGUACGGCGUCACAGACUCAGUCUUUUCCCCGAGCUAGUGCACCGGACUUUUUCGAAAAUGCGUACGAGGUCCAGUCUGCCCCAUCUGCCCCCGUCAGCCCUGUCGAGGAAAAGGCCGAAGUCAGUCUUGGUCAGAUGGUAUCCCAAAUUGCAGCAGAACCCACGACAGACGAAUCUCAUGCGCACGAGGUUCAAUCUAAUUCGGACGCCCACUCAGUAACGACAUCUCAAUCUCACUACGAGGCUAUGAUUCACGAUGAGCUCGAAAAUGUUUGGAUUCUCAACCUCAGCAUGCACUUCCGGGAUAAGUCCAAGAGAGAGAAGUUUUUCGUCACAUACCGAGAAACUCCAACCCACUGGCGUAGAGUAACCAUAUCUCUUGACUAUCGCAAUGCCCCGGAUAACUCUCUCGAGAUGGACUUGCUCCACACCAAGUCUCAACGUGACAAAAGUUCCAAGAUCUACGAAGCCAUCAGAGAUAGUCUGCAGGACAUACAAUUUUACCCAUCAGUCACCAACCUGAAACUCCAAACCACGGAAGGCCGCCUUCAUGUACAUGUGGUUGAAGAUGUCAAUGAAAUCAUUCAGUACCCUACCUUCCGCCAAGUCCAGCACUUGGGAUGUCGCAGGGUCAGAGAAAAGGACAUUGUCUUCGACUCUCACAUGUCCGGCUUUGUCUACAAGGUGUCUGUAGGAGGAGAGGUACUCAUCAAGAAAGAGAUCCCAGGCCCCGACACCAUAGACGAGUUCCUCUACGAGAUCAACGCCCUGAACCGGCUCCGGUAUUCAAGGAACAUUAUCCGGUUCUAUGGUGUCGUGGUUGAUGAUGAAGAUGAGCACGUCAAGGGACUGCUCAUUAGCUACGCCGUUCAUGGUGCGCUUAUUGAUGUUAUUUAUGAUAACAAGCAGGACUCAGAAUUAGGUCUGCCCUGGCCGAUUCGUGAGAAGUGGGCACGCCAAAUUGUACAGGGCUUGGCGGAUAUUCACGAAUCUGGCUUUGUGCAGGGCGAUUUCACUCUCUCAAACAUAGUCAUUGAUGAUGACGAUGAUGCCAAAAUUAUUGACAUUAACAGAAGGGGCUGCCCAGUGGGCUGGGAGCCUCCUGAAGCAACGCCUCUUAUCGAAAGUAACCAGCGCAUUUCCAUGUACAUUGGCGUCAAAUCCGACCUUUAUCAACUGGGCAUGGUCUUGUGGGCAUUGGCAGCACAGGAUGAUGAGCCCGAGGCCCAAGGACGACCGUUACAGCUCGGAGACGAAUACGUUGUUCCAGAUUGGUAUCGGCAAAUUGUAGACAUUUGCCUGAGCGAAGAUCCGCGCCUUCGGUUGCAAGCCUCGUCUCUCAUGUCCCUCUUUCCAGAACCCGCGGAUGGAGACGACAUGGCACCCCCGUCAAUCUCGGUAGACGACGGCUAUACCAUGCAGGAAUACUUCGUGGAUGGCAACCAUGGCUACGCCAGGGUCAAGACCGUUCAGCCAGCUCACGACUGGUCGUAUGUAAACUUGGGCCAACCCUAUGUUGACGAACCGACGAGGGGCUUCUCACAGGACCCGUACUACUACACCAGAGGCCGCUCUCCCCCAAGCCCACUGCCAAGUCAUUAUGGGCCUUGCGACUCGCCUAACAUGGGACGUAAUGUCUCCAGCUGGGCUGAAGCUAGAAAUAUUGCACCAUCGUACAGCGAUAUUGGGGCAGACGAGGUCUACGAUCAAAAGAGCGCAACACCGACAACAAGCAAGGACUCCGUCGUUACGCCCGAGCCAUUGGAAGAGACAAGCAAGUCAGUCCGACAAAAGCUGGAAGCAUUGCAGUGGACUCCCCUAUCCAGUGAUCUCGCCGCCCUCGAUCGGGCCGAACUCGACCAUACGCCAGGACAAGAUGGCAAGAGACUCAUUGGAGAAGGCUUAGUCGACACGUUACGGAGUCACAAGCUAGAGGCAACUGCUACCGUCGAUCCCAUUGAGACACGACCUGCGAUGGCCAGUCCUAUGACGAUCAAGGAUAUCGAAACAGAGGGGAAAGAUGUAGAGGAAGAGGAGGUGAACGUGAGAGAAUCUGAAGGAACGCAAGAGAGUUCCCCAAACGGAAAAGGAACAGUAGGGCAAUCAGCGCCCGGACAAACGGGGGAAACAGAACCCGAAGAACUGAACAGAAACGGGCAACAUGUUGUCACGAUAGCGGACUCGACAGAAAAGGGGCCAGCUGUGGACGACCUGAAAGUCGCCGAAAUUGAGUUCGAAACCAAUGCCGCUCAAACGGCCAGACCAGGGCUCAAGUCUACAAAGCAAGAGGCGGCAGCGGCGGAGUCACCUACAACUACUACUCAAAUACCCACGACAGACAACCCCACGGAAGCUCAAGGGGCAGAUUCGCCAGAACUCAAAGGGGUUGGCGCGGCACAUAUCAACACUGAUGAGCAGACGAUGCGAGAGAAGACAUCCCUUGAUGAUGACUUCGCAACGGCGACAACAGCAACGACGACAGAUGCCCGGAGAUGA